AUGUGGCCAUUCAGUACAUAUAAAAGCGCUACGAAUAAUGACACACCAACUAAGACAAAGUUUUCCAACGAUAUAUCCGGGUAUGAUAUUAAUAAAGCAAAUGUAUCGGGUGAGUUUCACGGAUCAUAUGGAGUAGUUUGGUCGGUUUUGCGUGGGACCAAUAAGAAAUCUGGUGAUGAUGUGUCGAUCUUCCGCUCAUCAUUUAACCUCUGUCCUACCCUUGAUAAAGAGCAAGCCAAACUUUCUGUCUUAGCCGCUGUUAAGCGAAUGAAAACUCUUCGUCACCCGAACAUCCUUAAUUGGUUUGCCGGAACACCUGAGUCAGCUUCCAUUGAUACGGGUCUUGACGUAGUCACAGAAUAUGUGAAACCUCUCUCCGUAUAUCUCCGCGACAAGGCUGACUCGGGAAAUUUUAAUUUUAUUUCAGCCUGGGGGCUAUAUCAGAUUUCUCGCGUCCUAGUAUUUCUAAAUAGUGACUGCAAGUUAACACACAACAACGUCCGUAUUUCGACUGUUUUUGUGAAUCGUUCUGGUGAUUGGAAACUCAGUGGCCUGGAUUUCAUAAGUGAUCCCUACCAGCCUCCAACGAGCUGCCGGCGCUAUGCUGAUGCCUGGUGCCUGGGUUGCCUUAUUUGGCAGCUCUACAAUCCAGGCUUUGAUGUCCUACCCAAUACCGACAUGUUGACUGAUUCUGUCUGCCUUGAUCGAAUUCCUUCUCCAUUGCAGCGCGACUACUUUCGACUGCUUGGUGCGCGACCAGCAGCUGGUGACAGGAGGGACGUUAAGGACGGCAUAUCUGUUGGCAAGAUUGCUGGUAUCAGUGUUGCCCAGUUUCUCACCUCAGCCACCCGAAAAAAGAUGGGUUUUCUUUCUAAUCCAUUCGUAGAUUCACUGCUAUUCCUUGAGGAAAUUCAGCUCAAGGAUAGACAGGCGAGUUCAAUUAUGGUGACUGUAAUUACGAUUAAAUCCUUACGACAGGAGAAGGAGGCCUUCCUUUUGCAAUUGACGGACCAGAUUUCUUCCUUUCCUGAGGAUGUGUGUCGCUGGAAGAUCCUGCCUCAUCUCCUGAAUGGCCUACGAUAUGGCUCAGCAGGUCUCGAGGCCCUAGUACCUGUGCUCCGGCUCACGCCACUCCUUUCACAGAAUGACUUCUCCUCCACUGUUCUCCCCUGCCUGGUGAGGCUUUUCGCCUCCCCUGACCGAGCUACUCGUGUUACCCUUCUGAAUCACUUGGCGGAGUUCGCCCACUAUCUUCCCGCAGAAGUCGUGCAAAAUGAGGUCUUUGCUUCAGUGGCAGCUGGCUUCACGGACGCCAAUCCCGUCGUGCGCGAGGCCACUGUGCGCGGAAUGGUACAUCUUGCGCCGAAGCUGAAAGGCCGUUUGCUCAAUGAAAAUUUGUUGAGGUAUCUCACACAAAUUCAGGUGGGUGAAUUAGCAUUUGUGGUUUGGAUGCCAUUUUAA